UUUUAUUUAGCGCUACAUUAAAUCGACGGGUUUCCCGAGUUUCGUACAUUAAUGCUAAUCAACUUACGAUGAUAACAAUCAAGUAUAUUAAUAAUUGAAAAUAGAUAAAGACUUCAGUUGAUUUGUGAUAUCGAAUAAAAUAUUACAGUGUAGUAACCAGUGGAGGUGCAAACUUGACAUCAGACAGUGAUAACACGGAAAUCUGUUUUAAAAAAUGUGUUCCGAUUAAAUAAAAACCUUUACAGUUCUAGAUCCGGAAUAAAAGCUUUGUGUGUUUUAAUUAUGGGUAAUUGUCAGACUGGUGAUAAGGCUAAGAAGCCUUCGAAGGACGCCGAGUUCUUCGCGAGGGAGAAAUUGAAGGAGCAACGGCAAGAAGAGAAGAGGAAAAAGAAGAUGAACCCUGCCAACAAACGGGUAGCAGCGAAAGACCCAGCAUUGUUACCAGCUGCAGCGGCUGUAUCAGUAGCACCUGCUUCACCGCCCGCUAACCUACGCUCCUUCGACGAUGAGACCUUGAGCCAGAUGCGAAACCAGCUACGAAACAAUGCAAAUGCUUUCCUCUUGAACAACAUUCUUCUCUCCGUGCAGUUUUUUGAGAACUAUGAAAGAGAUGUACAGAAUAUCAAGAAUAAUCCAAUAAGUGAACGCGAGCACUCGAUCAAUGAGGCAAUGGUCCCUUAUAAUAAGCAUGUUUUCUUUGCGGACCGUCUCCAAGAUUACGUGAACGAACACGUCAGCUACGAAAAGCAGCGUGGCCAAGUGGAACCAUUUAUUACACCCAGGCUUUUUGUUAUUUACGAUAAUGUGGAGGCCAGUGAACCAGGAGAUACUUCUGAUUACAGUGCUGUACUUGAUGCACCAUUUUAUAAACUAAGAAUUGAAGAUUGCAAAGAACCAGGUAAAAUAUUAGUCAUGUGGUUACUUGUUCUAUUCACUAUCUCAAGGGAAAAUAUUGCUAUUGAUACAAAAAGUGAUAAAGACUCAGGUGAUAGUAUUUAUACAGAUUCGGAGAGAGAGUCUAAUGAUUCUGAUGAUGAAAUAUAUCCCAAAAAAGGGGAAGCGUUAUUACGUAAAUUAAAAAAUAGAGUAGAUAGAUCAACAAAUAUUGGAACAUUUAAAUCUAACUCCACAAAAGUGGAUACAUCAUUAGAACUCAAAGGAAGACGAAGCAGUGGACCGAUAAAGCAAGUUAGUUUACAAGUAACAAAAAGUAAUAUAUCCAAAUUGAAAGAACUUCAGAAAAGUAGUUUAAUUCUAGCAGAGGAAUAUGAUGCUACAGAUUAUACCAAUGAUAAAUUUGAUGAUAAUAUUGGUUCUGAAGAUAUUAAUAAGCCGAGGAAAUCAAUUUUAAAAAGUUCUAGAAGACUUAGUGGACCGAUAAAAAAUGAUAACAAUCAUAAAGAGAGUAACAUUGCGUUUCGCCCCACUUCCUUAGAUAGUACGAUAGCUGAAGAUACUGAAACAUCUGGGUAUCGGUCAAAUUCUAGCCGUCAAAAUGAGAUGAGUGAAAAUGAAUCUGAUUACGGUUACACUACUAUAACAGAAGCAACAACGCCAAAAAAAGUUGAACUUAGUUCUCACUCUGACACUUCUGCGACUUGCGGAGUAUUACAUGACAAAACAUGGACAGCAGUACAAGUACGCUCAAUUGAUUGGAGCGAUGAUGAAGAUGAUUUUGAUGAUACUGCAUCAAGUUUAUCUUUGUCAAGGCAAUUGUAUGAUACACAUUAUUAUUUAUGUUCUGUUGGAUUUAUGGACGACUUUAUCGAUAACUUUAUUCUAAACUUAGGAUCGGUAUUGGGUAUUACCCACGAUUCUAUCAAUAAUGCAAUGACUCAAGGUGCCAGCAUCUAUUGUGAUGCAAAUAAAUACGGUAAAAAAGUUGGGAUUGAAGUUUUUCCUGCUCUUAUCGCUGCUUGGCCGAAUACAGCUAACCAGUGGAUAAUAAGAGAAAGAAAAAUAAUUCAGAAUCCAAGAACUAAUUUUAGUUAUCAGUGGCCAACUAAGUACAUGGUAAACAAGACAAUAGGAUUUGGAUGUUUUCUAGUACCCAUAGGAUUUAGACCAAAAAGAGGAUUGAAUGCAAAUCAAAAGUUACAAUGGAAAAUAACAUUUCCCGCAGCAGAACGUUACUUAGAAAGUUGUCUUGCUCAUGCACAUAUGAGAUGUUAUUUAUUUGCAUUAAUCUUACAAAAAACUUUUAUGGAUAAUGAAACAUCUAAAAUUGGUUUCGAUGCGUCUCAUUUGAAAAAUCAUCUCUUUUGGCAAUGUGAAGAUAAUUAUGCGAAAUGGCCAGAACACCGAUUAGGAGAGUCAUUAAAAUUAUUUCUAAAAAGUUUGUAUGCACAUUUCAGACAAGGGCGAUUUCCUAAUUAUUUUAUGGAAAACUGUAAUGACUUCAAAAGUAUUCCCAGACCUCUUCUGCUACAACUUCAAAAAAGAUUGGCUAAUAUUCUAGAAACUCCUGUAAUGCAUAUUCUGUAUGCUCUUAGUAAACUUAAGUACACAAAGAAAGAAUUCUACCCAUCUUUUGACGCUAACGAAUUGUAUGAAAUUUUAACUAGUAAAGAUCCACUAAGGCUUAUCAACCCAAAUCUUCCCGUAUCAAAUGUCAAGAAAUAUGAUGGUAGUUCAGAUAGUGACAACGAAAACGAAAAUUUAGGUAUAUGGGAACGAGCAAAGAAAUAUGAUAAAAACUACAAUUGGAAAAAAGAGAAACUUCGUUUUAUUCAAGAGAGAAGAAAAGCUGAGAAUGCGAAGAAAAGAAAUUCAGUGAAGCAGGAAAAAGAAAUAAAUACUAGUGUAAGUAUUGGUAAAUGAAAAACUCUGUAUAUUAAGUGCUUUUAUAACUGAGCCAUUUAUAGUAAAUUACGUUAAUUUGCUUUUUUGUGUUCUUCAGAUUAUUUUACCAGCGCGAAUGGACGUGGAAAGACGUCGAUUGGUAUUGGAGUUUUUCACUAAGCAUUUCAUUGCUAUGGCGAGAUCUAGCGUUAAAUUUGAUGCGAUAAGACAAGCAGUCAUCUAUUUAGAACAAGCUCAAAGGCUCUGUUUGUUGUUAAAGGAUGAGCCUGCAGGUGAAACAACUGCUAACGAUUUUCUAGAUGUAAUUAGAGAUUUAUUAGUAGACUGCCAGAGGAAAUUAGUUGCACAAGAAGGCUAUAAACUUCCACCACGCCGGGAAAGUAAUACUGAUCGUAUAACAAAACCUACUCCAAGACUAAGGCCGAGAUAUGAAAACAUUACCAGCCAAAGUUCGCCAGUCGAUAGUCCUGGGUACUCUAGCUUCACUUUUGUGGAUGUCCAUGUUGAUAGUACGAUAAAUUUAAAACAAAAUGGUAUUAAGUUCAGCGAUAUAGAUACAGACGAGGAGGACUCUAGAUUGUAAUGUAGAUAUUUAUAUAAUUGUUGUAUAUGUAAAAACGAAUCUCUUUCAUUAAAAUUGUUAUUAUAUUAAUUUAUAUAUUUAUUAAAAUUCUAAGUUUACAUGUUACAUUCUGUUUCACUUAUAAAUUUAACGUUCAGCUGAAUUUAUAUUACUUUGUAACCCUGUAUAAUAGACGUCAACAAUUCAUUCCCUCGGU